AUGCAACGAAUGGACUACGUUUUUGAUAGCGAUGGCGAGCACGCGCCAAUGUCAUACGACGAGAAACGCAAUUUGUCACUUGAGAUCAACCGAAUGCCUGGAGACAAGAUUCAAAAAGUCGUCGAAAUCAUUGAAUCGAGGGAACGUAUGGCAUACAACCCUGAAGAAAUCGAGAUCGACUUCGAAACUUUGAAGCCGAUCACUCUUCGUGAGUUGGAAGCUUUCAGCGCUUGGUGCCGUGCCCAGCCCAGUGUCCAGAGGAGGCCUCCAGCACCACCAGUACAACAAGCUCCUCCGGCGAGUAAUUCAAAUUCGGACACAUCGGAUUCUGGUUCAGAAUUAGAAAGA